CGUUGUUGCCCCGCUUACGGUUAACUGUUGCUGGUGUUUUGGCCUCUCCGAGGAAUCUCUCUCUCUUCCUCGUGUGCUUCCAUCUUCCUCCCGUUCGUUCCUCGCAGCCGCGGCCGCCGACAUGGUCUCAGCCGGACGACGAGCCCGCCGGAUAACGGGCUCCGGCGGCUUUUUGUGACUUUACCCAUCUGCCCGCGCGGAACUCAGUCGUCGCCGAUCGACUCCUCAGCCGAGCUCCGUCGCACGCUCGAGCUGACAGUCCGAGCUCCGUUGAGGCUCCCAAACCGUCGUUGGUUCUCUCUCCCGCUCUCUCGCUCGUGUGAACCGCUCCGUCCGGAUUCCUCCGCCCCAUCGCUCCCCGAACAGUGACAGCAAUGAGCAAAAGGAAGCGAGCGGACUCGAAUGCUCCUGCUCAGUCCAUGACUGAGCAAGAGAAGAUACUCUACAAUCUAAUCCAGAGCAAGCAAGACUUGGGCAUCUGGUCGAGAGACAUGAAGCGGGAGACCAGCCUCCCCGACAACGUCGUUGAUAAGUCCCUCAAGUCCCUUCUCAGCAGAGGUCUGAUCAAGGAGGUGGUCAAUGUCCAGUUCAAGGGCCGGAAGCACUUCCUUGCCUCCGAGUUCGAGCCCUCCCCGGAGAUCACCGGCGGGAAGUGGUACAACCAAGGGAGCCUCGACUCUGAGUUCAUCAACUUCCUCAAGGACCACUGCCUGAAGCACAUCAGGAAUCUAAAAAUUGCGACAGUGGACAUGGUCGCGGACGCCGUCCGGCGGUCCAGGGUCCUGAAGAAUGACUACUCGAGCCAGGAGAUUGGGGACAUUGUGAGGGCAUUGGUUUUGGACAAUGAUGUGGUCGAAAUGAGGAGCAAUGGACUUGGGGAGUUUGCUUCUGUCCCGACUGGUAGGAUGUGUUAUAAGUGUAGGAGGUCGCCCGAUGCCGCGAAGGAACCGAGAGCGGGGGCGAUGGCUUCGAUACCUUGCGGGGUGUGCCCGCAGAUAGCCCAUUGUACGCCCGGCGGCAUCAUUUCUCCGACGUCUUGCGAGUAUUAUAGUAAGUGGUUGGAUUUUUGAAUGAUGACCUUCUUCUUUGGACAUAAUCUUUUGGCUAGUUUCGGAUAUAUCAGUGUUCUCUGAUCCAAAAGGCUUUUAUCUCUUGAAAAUUAUUUAUCUGUGUGGCCUGUUAGCAAACUUUCUUAUGACAUCCAAGUAUUGUUGGUCAUUUUGACUGAUUUGUGUGUA